CACAAACCUAGUUACCUGCUACUCACUACAUCAAGAUUCUUGAGAGAUAAGGACAUAGAGAGAGACGGAUGAACGAAAGUGAAUUUUGGGUUACUCUAGCUAGAAGGAUAAGGAUAAGAAUAAGAUGUUAGCUAUUUGGUUUAGUACGAGCUUUGCAUGGGAAUUGGAAGGAGGAGUAUUCCCUCACUAUUCAAGUCAUAUGUGGCUAUUACUGUAGAAUCCAAGUUGAGAGUCAAGGGAUUACAAGGAAGGAGGUUUAUGUCCUUGGAAAAGGUUCACAUUCUGUCAAUCCUUUCCCUACAUGUAUACUCAUCUGUACGCACGUAGUGGCUAGCUAGCUGCUUAUAAUUAUAUUUGUCUUCUUAAAGGGAAUUUCUAGUACUAGCUUUGAGUCCCUCUACUUGUUAAUGGAAUGCUUGAAGAGAAAACGAUCACUCAUCUUCAACAACAAGCCCUCUCUCUUUCAUUAUGUCUCCUUCACCAUCUUCUUCUUCUUCUUCUUCUUCUUGUCAUUUGUUACACUCUUCAGUCCCUUCAUUUCCAAUACUACAUGUCUAGGCAUAAGGUGCUUAUUAUCUGAAAAGGCAGGUAGUUUUUAUUUUCAGGAGUUUGAGAAGACAAGAUCAGGCUAUGAUGAACAAAAGGAGGUUUCUUCGAGCAUGGCAAGGAGGUUUUUGAGUGGGCCAGGGUCAUCUCCACCGCGGUGCACGUCCAAGUGUGGCAAUUGCACCCCAUGCAAGCCGGUGCAUGUGGCUAUGCCGCCGGGGACUCCGGUUACCACUGAGUAUUACCCAGAAGCAUGGAGGUGCAAAUGUGGGAACAAGUUGUACAUGCCAUGAUGAUAUAUAAUCAUGCAGUUAGCUAGAUAAUUGUUUUUUAACGGAGAGAGAGAGAAGACAGGAACUCGAAUUGUUGAAAUUACUUGCUUGUGUGGUGACUAUAUGGAGCAAAAAUGUUAACAGUUAAUUAUUAAUCCUACCAUGAUGAAUGUUGAGGAGGAUAGGAA